UGCAGCUCUGCAACGUAGUGCAUUCCUGUUAUCUCCUAUCUGGAAUAAGGUUACAACCAACGUGGACAGUCAUCCGACUUGCCCUGUAAUUCUGUAACGAAGGAAACUGACACUUGUGACGGACGGUGACAGAACUUUUCUUCCUGGUGCACUCGUUUUUUAUUUGCAUAGAGUUUUUACAUCGGGGUCGCUACACUAUGACCCCAGCCUGUAUUCUGUAAAUCUGAGGAGGCGGAAACUUUUCCAUCAAACUAGGGGUGGAGCCAACAAGUAGUAACGAAGAUUAGCUGAGCGGGAGAAUGAGACAGGAGAGCUGGUUGGUUAGUGAAGCCCUAUGGACAGGUUUGCUUAAGCGGAAGAAAAAAGACGCUAAUGUAUUUGGAAUUGUUUUAAUGAUCUUAUAAUAUUUAUUUAUUUAUUUUUAAAAUAGUCUGAUUUUAGCCUAGGGCCAUCAGCCUUUCUCCGCAGCAGUCACUCAGAACAUAAGAUGAUUGAAACGCUUGCAACAAGUGAGACUCCAGAACUGCUGCAUCAGCUGAAUAUGCUACUGGAACAGGAGUUAAGAUGUCAGCCGAAACUCUCGGGCCUGAGGCUAAUUGAAUCUGCUCAUGAUAACGGACUCAGGAUGACUGCAAAGUUGCGAGACUUUGAAGUGAAAGACCUGCUUAGCUUAAUUCACUUCUUUGGCUUUAGCACAGAGACAUUUUCUCUUGCUGUGAAUUACUUAGACAGGUUUUUAUCAAAAAUGAAGGUACAGCCCAAACACUUAGGCUGUGUUGGUCUAAGCUGCUUCUUCUUGGCAGUGAAAGCAGCGGAAGAAAAUAGAAAUGUUCCUCCAGCUGCUGAUCUGAUUCGAAUAAGUCAGUAUCGGUUCACAGUUUCCGACCUGAAGAGAAUGGAGGCGAUUCUUUUGAAGAAGUUAUGUGGGAAACCAAAAGUAACCACUGCUUUCCUGUUUCUACAACUCUAUCACUCAGUACUGAAUGAAAACCUAAGCAAUGAGAGGAAAAAGCAUUUUAGCUUUGAGAGACUUGAAGCCCAACUUAAAGCAUGCCACUGCAGAAUUGCUUUGUCUAAAGCAAAGCCGUCUGUGUUGGCACUCUCAAUAAUAGCACUGGAAGCUGAAGAAAAGCUGUUGGAGUUGAUGGAAAUGGUGGAAUGCUUCAGAGUACAUUCCAAUAUAAAUGGCAGAGAUUUGUCCUUUUGGAAGGAACUGGUGUCAAAGUGCCUCACAGAAUAUUCCUCAAGCAAGUGCUCCAAACCAAAUACUCAGAAGUUGAAAUGGAUUGUGUCUGUUCGCACAGUAAGACAACUAAAGCACAGCUACUACAGAAUAGCUCAUCUUCCUACUAUACCAGAAACUGAUUUUUAAACAAUGGAAGAGAAAGUGGAGUGAUCAGUAAUGUGUAUGUAUCCUUAAGGACUAAGAUCUACUUCAUACUGAAGCAGAGAGUUUAUUGGUUGGCUCUGCUGAAAACAACAUUUCAUGACUCUGUGGCCAUGCAUUGCUACCUCUUAGUUGAGAGAUUGACUGGGUAGCAUGUUACACUGGGACUGUUCCUCUAUCGGGUUCCUCAAGAGAACAGGGAAUGAUGUCUGAGCAUAAAAACAUUGAAAUGUGCCAGCUAUUCUACUGUUUAUUCUAUUCUAUUCUGACUUUUAUGGAAACACCAAAAAAUACCAACAGGAUUUUGGUCCCAAGCAUUUCUGUUCAAGACAGUAUUUCAUGGAGUAUCUACUGGCUACAAGUUCAUCCUGGAGAAAAGAACAAAAUAUAUGGUGGAACUAGUGAAAUACAAGGCAGUUUUAUAGUACUACUACAGGCUUGGGUGGUAUAAAGAGCUUUCAUCUUGUCAGACAAGUAGUUGCUUAUCGGUGGCCCCUAGUAAUAGACUAUGUCAUUUUAAUACCAUCAUCCAGCUUUCUGAAGUGCAUGACAACUGCUCCAGCAAUACGGGAUUGUUUUAAAUAAUUGGUGUCAGCACUGGGUAUUGUGAAAACCUCAGUUAAAUGGUCAUGUUUAUUAUCUUUUCCAACAUUUUUGUUAAAAACCAACACAGGGUAUUGAAACCUCAGGGACUCACCAAAAAGGAAAAAAAAACUUUCUAGGGACUUGUAUAAUGUGACGAACACCAGGUUGAUUAUGAGUUCUGCUAAAGAGUAAAUGCUGUUUUACGGAGCCCUCGUUCCCUUCAAAGGACUUGAAACUAUGGUGUUCACUACAAAAAUGAAUCAAAGAGUAUAGGUCUAAUAAAGGUCAGUUGACAGUGCCAACCUAGUUUGUUUUCCUAUUUUUGGAUAAGGAUGAGAUGAUUGAUCUUUCAAGAACUAUAGCUGUAUAUGUUUUUUAAAAGUCAUUUUAGUUAGCAUUUUGCUUUGCUGCUAUUGUUUUCAUUUCAGAAAUGGGUACUUAAGCCUUAGAUACAUACUGCCGUCGUGAGCAGGAAAUGGGUUUAGCUAAGAACAUUUUAGGUCAUAGAAACCAGGCAGGACUGCUAAUAUGUAAGUUGGGCCAUUUAUGUCUCAGUGAAUUCAAAUGGCUAUGGGAGCAAAGGAAGCUGCAGGUGUGACUACUUGAAUACUUUGAAAUAACUAAUUGCGGACCAUGGUCUGAACUUACCUUGUGCUAAAUCAUUCCAGCCACUCUGCUAAACUACCACUAGUGGUAGCUUUCCCACCAGUUGUCUUAAUUAACUUAUUUAAGAAACUUUGGGAGGCAACUGCUCCUAUUCUUAAUUUCCCGCUGAUAAAUUAACUGGAUCAUUUAUUCAUUCCUCAGCAGCUUUACUUUAAGCAUGUAGUAUCCUGCUCAUCUUCCUUAGAUGAUGCAACUACCUUAUGUUAAACUGCCAGUUCCAAUGUCCAUGGGAAAUUAUUAAAACAGGGGACUCAAGUUUGUUCCCCUUGUGUAAGCUCAUUCUGUCUUAGAAUGAGAACUAACAGUGUUCCAAGGCUAUAAAGUAUUUGAACUGAAUUGCUGUGAUUGCUUCAGAUGUCCACCUCAAAAGAUGUCUGGUUCUGUCUCAGCACAAUUAAAAACUCUUCUACCUCAUUUAAACUGAUUUCCUUCCAAAAAGGAUAACAUAUCCAUUAGUGUUUUGCCAUGUUGUUUGAGUGCUCAUAUGGCUGAUUACAUAAUAGGUAUUUCCUUGACUUCUGCCUUUCACCUGAUUUUAAGAAGAUAUAUUCAAUGUUGAAGGAAAUUUAGUUGGUUCUUAGAAAUGCUGUUAUGUCUUGGAAGUAGAAAGUAUGCCUUUCCCUCAUUACUGAAAUGAAAUAGGACAUGUCUGUCUUACAUUUUGCAUCAAUAAAAGCAUAAUGGCUAAGAUACAUCUGGAA